AUGGCGGUUAGCGAGAAGCAAAGAAAGCCGAAGCUGCCUUGCAUGAACCCUCAGAGAAACAUCGGCUACAUCAUGAAGGAGGUGUCGCAGACAUGCGGUUUCUGCCUUGCAGAGGCCCUUGUACCUAGGGAGGAUGGGAAGUGCCUGAUACAGAGUGGGGCCUCUUGGCAUGGAUACAGCCUGGAUCUUAACUUCCCCCCUAAUGUGGGGGUCCCGGGAAGAUGUUGGAGGACGCGACAGCUGCAGAUGCACAGUGAUGUAACGAAGCUUCCUCCGACCGUCUUUCUGCGGGCAGAAUUAGCCGAGAAGGCUGGACUGAGGGGAUGUGUUGCCAUUCCGAUCUACGAGUCCACAACAAAUCAGGUUUUCGUGGUCUUGUUCCUUGCGUCGUUUGCGCUGGAAGAUCAGAACUUGAUAGCGAGAUCGUGGACCAUCACGAGGAAGAUGGAGCUGGAGAUGGAACUUCUCAAGAAUUGCGAGACAUCAGGCAUGAGCAUCCCUUUGCCCUUGACGAAAGAACUGCACAUGCAUCGCCGUUGCAUCCAUGUCUGGUUCUUCGAAUCAGGACAGACUUUCGGUCCUUCUUACCUCGACUUGUUCCUCCCUUCCAUCGACAAGUCCUCCAUCCAAGUCUUCAUCGAGACGGUCACGCCGCUGACGUACCUCGAGGUCACGGUCCCUCAACAACAUCAGUCCGAGUUUAAGAACUUGACCCGCCCGCUGUGGUAUGAAGAGCUUGCAAAGCAUUUCCAUAAAAGUAUUAGCGAGGCAGCGGACUCUCUCUCCAUGUGUCCCUCAGCUAUCAAGAGCGUUUGCCGCAGCCACGGAUCGAACUCGCGAUGA